CUAACUCAUUAACCACUUGACUUUUAGAGGAAUCUAGUUCUAUUUUGUUGUAUUUUAUUAUUAUUAUUACUACUAUGCAGUCUAUGCUACAAUUUACGAAGGUUGAUUGGAUUUGGGGAUGAAAAGAGUAGUUAGUUAGCAAAGAUGGAAUUGGAAACCACCUCAGAUUGGGCGUAUGCAGCCUCCCAUGAUCUCCACAUCCCAAUUGAUCUCUUCGGUUCCAAAAAACACGCCGGACUCCCACGUGGCACCCUAGCCUUCGCCGAUUCAUCGGGUAACAUAGUCUUCAAGGUGCACCGCCAACCACCCAAUUCCAAUUCCAAUUCCAAUUCCAAUUCCCUUCCAAAGGAUACAAAACUCUUGCUCGAUGCCAACGACAAUCAUCUUUUCUCCAUCCACCGCCACCACAAUGGGUGCUGGAAAUGUUAUAAGGGAAGUAGCGAGCUUGUGUUUGAAGUGAAGAGGAAUCUGAAAACACUUACGAGAGUUGAGUUAGAGGUAAUUUUCGCUGGUGGUGAGAGAUCAAAUUCAAACGACGACGUUUUGGAAUUAAAAAUAAUAGGGUCCCCUUUCAAGAGAUCAUGUAAUAUCUAUAAAGACGCUGAUUUAGUUGCACAGCUUGAUGUACAAGCUUAACCAAAUAUAUGUGAGUAGGGGUAAAUUUCGCCUGACAAUCUUUCCGGGUAUCAUAGACCAUGCUCUUAUUGUAGCUUUGUUUGUAAUAUUUUUGAAUGGAAGAAAAUAGUACCAUUGACAACAACAUUCAAUUGCAAUUUAUUUAUACCGGUUGUUAUGUAUUUGUAACUUAAAGCUGCAAGAAAAGGUUUUGAUGUGUGAUAUUUCUGACU